AUGAAUAUGUCGAGACGUCAGCGUAGAGCCUUGAAGCGUCGCAAUCCUGGCAAUCCUAAAGUUGCACGAGGUCACAACGUUCCACGAGUUCCCAAAGAACCUGCUUUGACCGCCUCACCUGCUCGCGAACUUUUGAACUCCAAAGGUGGCUCGGGCAAGGGCAAAGGCUAUGGCGGCACUGGAAGUGAUGCAAGUUCAAAGCAUGCUGGAUGGCGAGAUGCAAUGCUGCGGGAUCUACAUAGCAUGACUGCGAAGAAUGCUGAGGAGAAGCCCUGGUCCAUUCGAAAGGGGCCAGCACCUGGCUUGAAAUACCGCGGUGGCACACCUCCUGCACCACCGCAAUGGACAUACAACAAAGGAGAUCUCCAAGCAUUCCAACGCUGGGAACGCAAGUUGAUCGUUUGGAGGCGACAGAUUGCCUCAUACCUUCCUCCAAACGAAGCUGCAAUGAUGCUCUAUGUUAGUCUGAAAGGAGAAGCCGAAGAAGAGCUCGAACAUGCAAGCUUGGACCGCAUCGACUCUGAGGACGGUGUGGACUAUAUCCUUGAGACUCUGAGAGCUCCAUUGAUGGUCAAAGGUAUCUACUUGAAGCGCAAGUUCCUGGAUGAGUUUGAGCGUCUGCAACGACGCCAUGGUGAAUCUGUGAAAAGCUUUUGCAACAGGUAUCACCGUGUUGAGCGUUCACUGCAGAGCGUUGGUGUUGACACAAGCAACAUGUAUGACACUGAGGCUGCAGGAUCUCGUUUGCUGGAUAGACUUCGACUUGGCAUUGAUGCCCAGCGAAUGAUCUUGGUGGCAACAUCUCAGUCUUUGAGAUAUCAGGAUGUCAAGGACGCUGCCGAGAUUCAGUUUCCUGACCAUCGUCCUACGCCUCCAGUGGUCUACACUAGAGACUUUGACAAGGAGGACAAGCCACAACAGCCACGAGAUUCGAAUAAGCCCAACAGCAACUACCGACCUCCUGCCCAACAAGGCAAAGGCCAACAGAAGGGCAAGCCCAACCAGAACUCUGCCUUUGUCAAAAAGACCUACGUUGCUGAGACCGGCGAAAACGCCGAUGAUGCCAAGGAUGACACGCAGGAUGACCCUGCAGCCAAUGAUGAGCCCAAUGAAAAUGAUGAAGAUGCAGCCGAAGGACAAGAUGAUCCUGAAUAUCAACAAGCAGCUGACGACGAUGGAGACGACCAAGAUGGCGAUGUCUUCCAUGAGCUUCAAGAAGCUGCCAAUUGCCUGACUGUGACUGCCCGCAGAUUGCAAGGCUUGACAUUGGGCCGCAAGUUUACUGGCGGCAAAACAAUCAAGCAGCGCAAGCAAGAGUUGCACUGUUCAGUGUGCGGCGAAAAAGGUCAUUGGAAAGGUGACCCAGAAUGUAGCGCCACUGCCGACUCCAAGGGCAACGAUUACAGCCGAGGCAAAACCUAUGGCAAAACGUCAGCUGGAUCCUCCUCUCAGAACAAGCCUCCUGCGAAAAAGGUUUUGCAUGUGCAGCAUGGGGAUGGAAGCCGGCGAUCAGUCACUUUUGAGGAUGAAUCCAAAGAUGACACCGAAAAGAUCUAUGGCACGUUUUUCACAUACAUGGUCACACAUCACAUCGCCGACACCCAUCAAGUUUUUGGCAAUUUCAACCCCAAGUUCACCAAAGUGAUGGUUUUGGAUACAGCAUGCCAGAAAUCAUGUUGCAGCACUGCAUGGUUGGAUGGUAAGAAAGCUUCACUAGCCGAGUUCAAGCUUCGAGUGCGCACCACCCCCAACAGAGAGCCUUUUGAAUUUGGACAUGGACCCACGCAAUACAGUCAUGAACACGUUCAAAUACCAGUUUGUUUUGAUGAGGUUGAGAAGAACAUGAUGCUGAUUGGUGCAAGUGUUAUUUCAACUACUAACAAUAUUCCCUUCCUCGCCAGCAGCGAUCUCAUGACCAACAAGUUGAAGACGGUGUUGAACUUGCCAUGCCAGGAAGCCUUCAUCGGGUUGCUCAACACCACCGUGCCCAUCUGUCAGAUUGCAGGCCACUUAGCACUGGAUAUUUCAAAGUUUCCGAAGAUGGCAAGCAGUUCGCAGAUGUGGAGACAAUACCAUGAGAUGUGUUUGCAACCCGACUAUGAUCCUGAACUCCUCUAUUUCUCUGCAGAAGGCUCAAGCGAUCAAUUCGAUUCACGACACCGUGAUUCCCAUGAACAAGGGACCACCACCAGCAUGGCUGCAGAACUGGCGAAUGAUGGUUCGCCGAUUCCGACAUGUCGAGAUGUGGAUGGCCACCAUGAUGGUGCAAGCAGUGCGGCUGGGCCUACGACCUCGAAGAUGGAUCCAACACCAAGACCCGUUGGACAUGGAACUCCAAGAGGCCCUGCUGAACAAAGCCACCAAACCAUGUGCUCACGAGAAGAUGCACCGCUAUGGGAAUCGAAGCGGAAGCUUCGCCAAGUGCCUGAUGUGCGAGAAAAAGUGGAAGUGGUCCGAAGACGAAGAUCGAUGGACAGACCUGGUAUCCUCCAAGCGGCAGCCACUGCCAUUGCCUUCAUCUUCAACAGCCUCGAACUUCCUGGACAAAGCUCGACGCCCAGCUUGGGCACUGAUGGCAACUUCUUCCACGGCACCACCACCUCCGGGACCACCUGGUCCGAAGGCCUUGACUGGCUCGAAGUCGUCGGCAGAAACAACGUCGCAGGGCACAGCAACACCUUUGUCAACGGCGACAAGACAGCCACGAGGAGCCAGACCAAAGAAUUCAAGCAAGAAGAGAUCAACUCCAACCGAGGAAGUGGAGGAGGUGGAGAGCCCAGAGUACGAAUGGGAACAAAUAGGUUGAAGAAAGGCAAUCAAACCUGGCUGACAGGCCAUCUCCGGAGCACGGCCAAGAUCUACGACUUUGAGACAAAGACCUAUGAGGCCCUGCUCACCUAUGCGGAGAAAAUGGCAACUGGCCCCAAGAUUGACCUUUUAGAAGUGUUUGCAGGUUCGGCUAACCUGACAUUCCGUGCUCCCAAGUUCAACCUGAACGCUCUCGAGCCCAUGGACAAGACCAUCAAUGUGGACUUGAAAACCGAAGAGGGCCGCAAGUUCCUUUGGCAAGUGGUCAUGAAGUUUCAGCCACUUCUGAUUCACGUUGCCUGGCCCUGCCGCUACUGGUCAUUGUUCAACGAGAACAUGAAUUACAGCCACAGGUUACAGGAACUUGAAGAACUACGCAACGACGAGCGGGUCCUUGUUGAUUUAGGAUCCGACCUCAUGCAUCACCAACAUCAGCAAGGACGCCUUUACCUGGGCGAAAAUGUGCAACGCUCUCGCAUUUGGGUUCAACCUUCAGUGGAGUCCGUUGCUGAAUUGCCAGGCAACCUGAUGACCCAAUGCGAUGCCGGAGCAUAUGGCGCUGAAGAUUCACAAGGGUACCCCAUUGUGAAGACCCACCGCUGGACCACAAAUUCUACAGCGAUUGCCUCAGAACUCUCAAGGAGAAUGACUCCUGAGCAGAAGAUGUAUGCAAAGCCAAUUGAAGGCGCUGAGACAGAACCAAGUGGCCACUACUGCGAUGGACUGGUCGAUGCAAUCCUUCGUGGACUUCAGAAGGAAGCUCGCAUCAGAGACCCAGCACGUUUUGCAAGAGCCAACAAGGUGUUCUAUGCGCACCCCUCCAAUGAUGAGCAGCUUUGGUCACCAAUUUUGGAUGAGCUGGAGCGGCGCUUUGGAAACACCAGCAAAAGGCCCUACAACAUCGCAACCAGUGACCCAAUCUACAAAGAUAUUGAGAACCUCAUCCCCUGGCAACUUGAGCGAGUUCAGGUCACGUGGACACCAUCAGUCAGAAGGUUUCCCACUGAGUUUGCCUACACUCACCGUGGCGCUGUGCUCAGACUGUCCAAUGGGAAAAUCUUGAUCGAGCAUGAAGACCUCUCACAGGUCGUUUACCCCAAGCAGAGGUACACUGAUCCCAUGCGACUUGGGAUAUACUUCUUUGGAACGGCCCCACAAGAUGAUGAUGAAGAGCCACCUCCACCACCAGAAGUUUCUGAAGCCGAUGCUCAAGCUCAACAACGGGUUCCAGGCAUCACCACCGACAUCUGGUUUGAAGGUGCCGGUGCCACUCUCAACAAAGAGCUGCAGAAGUCAUUGGCACGACUUCACACCAACAUGGGCCACCCGCCGAAGGAGGAGCUGAUUCGCAUCUUGGCAGCCUCAAACACUUUGUCCUCAAGGGUGUUGACGGGCAUCGAAUGCUUGCGAUGCGGAAGCUGCCUUCGUUUGACAGUUCCAAAGAAGCCACCAGUUUCCUCAACAACAGCCAUAGCAGCAGGUCAGUUUGGAGAUCGCAUUCAAUCCGACAUUGUCUAUAUUCGCACUCUCAACGACAACAACAUAGUGAUUGGCAUGGUGGACGAGUUCACAAACUAUACAGUGGCACACACCUUGGAAGACCGAAGCCCAGCCACUGUUUUGAAGAUGAUGCAACAACUUUGGUACCACCCUCUUGGGCUUCCACACCAUGUCACUGUCGACCCUGACACAGCCUACCUGGGAGAAUGCGAAGAAUGGCAUCAACGCCAUGGCAUUGAGUAUGAAGUGAUUCCAGCAGAAGAGCACUGGCGAAUUGGCAAGGUGGAGAGACGCAACACUCUCAUGAAUGAAAAGUCGCUGGUGAUCACACACGACCAGACUGCCCACCAACUUCGACCAGAACUGCUGCGAGCUGAAGCCACUACAGCUCUGAUGCAAAUCACUGCAUCUCAAUCAGUGCGAAGAGGCCUGUUGAGGAAGACACGCAAUCAGCAAGAGCUCAGCCACCUUCGACCUGGCCAGACAAUAGCCUUUUGGAGAUGGCAAGGACGAGCUCGACAACACAAGCGCGGCAGUUGGUCGCUCGGUCGAUUUUUGGCUUUCGACCCUGACAAACGUUCCUGCUGGGUACAGGUUGGCAAGACAUCAACUCGCAUUGGCCUUGGUCAAGUUCGAGUAGCAGUUGGAUGGGAGACUUGGACUCCUUCUGAAGAUGAUAUCAAACUCCUCCGCGAUGCUGAAACCAACAUCUCACAUGGACUUUGGGAUGAUCAGCAAGGCGAACCUCCUCAAGAUGAAGAUAUGGCCAUUGCUGAUGAGGAGAUUUUCAACUUUAGACCCACCCAAGAACGUGCCAACCGAUUGCCAGAGCUCUCAGGUGAACAACAACAACCACCAGAGCAGAACCUUCAACGAGACCAAUAUGCCGAUGGACUUUCUGGCAUACCCCCGGAUCGACAGCCCCUGGACUUGGCUACGAUCCCCGGGUCGCUUGCUCAACCUCCUCCAGUGCAACAACAAGAGCAAGCAGGUCUCCAAUCACCACGUGAUGGCGAAGCACCACCACAACUACCUACACACCUAUCGCAACAGCAACAGCAAACCAACACCUACAUUGACCAGCGCACCAUCAACGUGAGGGUUGAUUCACCUACAUACACCAGGUAUGGAGGAAGAUCAGAUUUUGGGUCAGUCCCACCAACACCAAGAAAUCGACCCAGAUCAAGAACGCCAAGCAGAGUACCUCCUGCCGAAGAGACUUCACUGGCAAAACAAAGACCAGCAGAAGCAGCGCAACCUUCUCAACCAAGCCAACUGCCUGAAAUUGAAGCAGAACCAACAGCAAUCGCCGAAGAAUUGCCUAUACUCCCAAUGAAGAGACCAGCUGAUGCCAUGCUCACCAACCUCUUCCAGUGCGACAACAAAGACCUUGAGCUGAUGCAGCCUUAUUGGGAUGGUGGAUGCAACUUAGAUUUCCCACAUCCACGUGCCGACAACUUCUAUCAGGCCUACCUUGUGAGCGAUCACAGAGCCGUCGAGAUGAACGGCAUGUCCAAUCCAAGUCAGCCUGACCAUGAUUCCUCUGACGAUGAGCUCGUGCUGUCAAACCAGCGCGGAAUGUCUCGCCAAGAGUUGAAGCAGUUGGACCGGGAGAUCCCUUGGCGCGAAAUUGCCGGAUCAGAUCCCGACACUUUCCAGAAGUACGUCGACAGUGCUGCAAGUGAAUAUGCUGGUUGGUUAGCAUGGGGCGGCAUCCGACCGCUGAGCAAAGCAGAAGAACAACAGGUGAUGUCAGACCCCAGACUUCGACGUCGGGUGAUGAAAUCACGUGCAGCUUACCGCGACAAAAACCGCGGAGUUCCACCACUGAAGCCAAAGACCCGAGUGGUCAUCAUUGGAUGCUCAGAUCCAGACCUGCGACAGCUGAGCCGAGACAGCCCUACGCCAUCAAGAGUGUCUGAAUUUGUGCUACUAGCCGUGGCAACAGCAGGCGCCAACGGUGAAUUCGGCAACUCUACAAGCCGAUGGUCUAUGUGGUUGUCAGACGCCGAGAAAGCCUUUUUGCAGGGUUCCCAGGAUGACACAGAACGAGACGGCCCAAUCUACAUGCAGAGCCCCCGAGAUGACAUCCUGAACGCUGCACAAGCGUAUCCUGCAAGCCUCUAUGAGAUCACAGGCAAUUGCUAUGGACUGAGUAAUGCACCUCGCACCUGGUACAAGCAGGUUGACAGAGACCUGAUCAAAGGCAAAUUUCACAGACACAGCCUUGACCGCUGCUGCUACUACUUUUUGGAUGCAGAUGGCAACCUCUCCUGCCUCCUCAUCGUCCAUGUCGAUGACUUCAUGGCUGUCUUCAACACCGAGACCUUUGACUUGAAGAUCCUUGAGAAUAUGUUCAAGUGGGGAUCUACGACUUUGAUCACCGAGCAAACACCAGGUGAAUACCGUGGCAAAGAAAUCCAAAUGACCAAGGAUUCCAAUGGCCGCUACAGCUAUGUGGUGACUCAGACCAAGUUCAUCAAGGCCAUGGACUCCGGAAAAGUGCCAUCUGCCCGCGUCAAAGAAGGCGGCAAGCUGAACGACAAGGAGAUGGCCGAAUUCAGAUCAGUGGUCGGAAGUCUUCAGUGGUUGAGUGGCCAAACAAGGCCAGAUUUAGCAGCUGUGGCUUCGCUGGCUCACAGAGGUUCCAACACCGAGAUCAGCGACUUGCAGAAGGUCUACGAGGCCGUAGACUACGCCAAAGCGACGAGUGAUUGUGGCAUUCGAAUGCCUGCAGUGCCUUUGAAUCGCACCACAACGAUCCUGGCCUAUGGGGAUUCCAGCUGGUGCAAUGCUGCAAACUUUACUUCGCAGUAUGGCGUUGCAAUUGUGCUAUGUCCGGCACAAGUCUCGGAGACGACAUGCUUUGGUUUUUUGGUUGACUGGAAGAGCGGACGCAUGCAACGCGUUGCUCGCAGCACUCUGGCAGCAGAGGCUCAUGCAGCAGACGAAGCUGCUGACAGGGCAUGCUUCAUCAACUACUACCUGACGGAGUUGUUUUUCGGCAUUCCUGCACAGAAGGCCAGAAUGGAAAUGCCGAUGAAACAAGCAACUGAUGCCAAAAGCCUGUAUGACUGCCUAGUAGCCGAAAACCCAAGCACUUCUGAGAAGCGAUCGAUGGUGUCAAUCCGCUCAGUGCAGCAAGCUAUGUCUCCAAAGCAAGUGCACUGGAUUCCAACGCACCUUAUGCAUGCGGAUGGCCUCACCAAGAUCGAUGCAAAACUGCGAGAGAUCCUUACCCGCUGGUGUAUGAAUCCAUGGUGCCAACUUCGAGAUGAAGACGCGCAGGGCUCCAAGGUGAAGACCAGCAAGCACAGUGGAUCCACGCAGAAAGCAACACCUCAAACAAAGACCAGUGUGAAGAUUCAACAUGCGCAACCUCAAUCUUCAUUUGCGGCGCACCGGGGAGUGACCCAAGAGUUCGUCAGCGGCACUCCGGUCUCCUUUGCCGAGCUUCUGGAGUCGAUGAUGCCCAAAUUCCUGGAGUCUGCGCAGGAACUUGGCUUUCAAAGCUGCAAAAGAGAACCGGGCACUUGGAAGGCUCAGGGAAGGGAACUCAACGAGAGAGCCACGGUCAAGGGCUGGGCACGGCUGGGCACGGCUGCCUUGCGAUUUUGUGGAUAUCAACUAUUGCCAUUGGCAAAUACGACUGCUGCAAGCGAUGAGGCUGAACCCCUGACCGGAGAUCGGGUUGGCGAGUACCUCCAACAGCUCUUGAGGACUCAUACAGCCGAUACGCAAUUUUCGAUGCUGAGUACUUCAGAGAAAGAGGUGACGGCAUUUUGCAAUAUGGCAAUGGUAAGGUGA